UCGCAAUAUUAUUGCACUACCGACUGGCUGGGUUUACCAUUUUAGGGUACUAUUGGACUGCAGUGACGACACAGUUUGUGUGCAGCAAUGGGAAUCCCAGGGCUCUGGGACGUCCUAGGAGGCGGCCAGAUUGUCUCUCUUGCAGAAUACUCCGCGAAUCACUUCCAAAAGACGGGGAAACCUCUCAGAAUUGCUAUUGACGAACCGACCUUUCGCUUUCGUAACCUUACUCCAGCACAAGUCAAGACGAUAAAAGACAAAGUGCCUGCAGCGAACCCAAUUGAGAAGGCUAUCUUGGACAUCGUGUUCCGGUUGCUCCGAUGGAAUAUUGAAUGUGUCUUCGUCUUUGACGGACCGAGCCGGCCCUGGAAACGAGGCAGGCCGAGUGGCAUGCCACACUAUGAGGAACAGAGACUUUUAAAAGAGCUUUUGCGAUAUAUGAGAGUGCCGAUCUGUGAAGCCCCGGGAGAAGCAGAAGCGGAAUGUGCGGCCCUUCAAAGCACUGGCAUUGUAGACGCUGUUUGGACGGAUGACGGCGAUGCGUUCAUGUUCGGAUGUACAACGCUCAUUCGCUUCUGCAAGGAGGUCGACGUGAAGACGGGGAAGGAAGUGAAACGAAGGAAGAACCAGGGACGAGACGAAGAACUGGACAACGCAGAAGGAGCCGGUGCCCACAAUGCGUCAAAAGGCAAAGCGUCCCAGGGGAAGAGCCGAACUCAUGUCCGAAUUUAUACCCAGGAAGACCUUCAAAAGGGCGGACUUGAUCGCGCCGGAGUUACGGCCUUCGCAGUCCUCAGUGGGGCUGAUUACGACACCAAAGGGAUAACAGAUUGCGGCCCCAGAAAAGCCCUACAAGCAGCACGCGCUGGCUUAGGAGCCUCUCUCGUGCAGUGCCCAUUAACGCAAUUGCAUAUGUGGCGGAAAGAAGUCGUCGACUUCUUCCCUGGACUUAGAGUUGAGCUAGACUGGCCAAACUCACGACAUGUCGGACACUACCGCAACCCGAAGGUGGGCUCAGCCGAGGAUCACGCAAGGGUUGGCGCCUAUCUGGAUGGUAUGCUGAAGAAAAGAUUUGAUCUCGAAGCACUCCGGAGGUUCCUCGCGGGCCGUUUUAAUUUAUGGACAAAGGGCUUCAUGGAGAAUAUAUGCCCGAUUAUCCUGACACGAUCGCUGGUGCAAACGGAGCCUGAUCAACGGGCUGCUAACCGGGUGUUUAACAUCACAAUAAAACGUCGCCGAAAAGUCAACGGGGAAUAUCCGCAGUCCGCCGAGAUCAAGGUUACAUACUCUCCUCUCUCGGUCAUGCCAUCGAUCAAUCUCAAGCAAAAAUGGGAACGUGCGAGCGACUCAACGAUGGCACAGAAGAAGUUCGAGGAAGAAAAUAAUCGGGACCAUACCCAGCCACUUGAGUGCGAGUUGCUUGAUCGCGUGCUUCGACACGGGCUACCAGCAGACAUCUUUGAGCAACCAGAGAAGCCAAAGCAGUCACGGAAGAGGAAGAGCGUCGAUGGCGAGGGAAGUGAGGAACCCGCAAACAAGCCAAAGCGCGGGAGACCUCCGAAGAAAUCACCUGCCCCGACCACCGACACUGUUCCAAGCGAACCAGCUUUGUUCAGUACCCCAAGGGGUGAGACCAGGGAGGAGACCGUUUCGAGAGGGCCGCCCUCAGCUUCGGCUGCCAGAGCACCUGCGAGACGGCCAGUAUUCAUUCCGCCUCCUAUAUUCCAUGACCCAUUCCCUCAAGGCUAACACCUGAAAUGGCGGGGAGGUACAAGAGAACCCUAGAGGUCAUCGAUCUCACCUGAAGACUGGAGAACUUCUUUUGAAUUGCCUCCACAUUAAAUGAGGGUUGAUGGCCUGGUAUUCU